AUGAGAUUCUUUAAUAUUGUCUAUUUUUCCAUCCUUUCAACUUUACUUAGUAAGGUUAGUGCUGAUGUUGAUAUUACUUCACCAUCUCUGGGAGAUUCAUAUUCUGGUAGUUCCGGUUCUGCGAGUGUUAAAAUUGCAUGGGAUGAUUCGGAUGAUUCUGAUUCUGAUAAAUCCUUAGACAAUGUCAAAUCUUAUACCAUCUUAUUAUGUACUGGACCAGAUGAAGAUAAUAACAUUCAAUGUUUAGAAACAGCAUUGGUUUCACUGCAAACUAUCGAUUCUCAUGAAACCACUGUUAAAAUCGAUAACACCUUAGUACCAAAUGGUUACUACUACUUCCAAAUUUACACAGUCUUCAAUUCUGGGGGUGUCACCAUUCACUACUCACCUCGUUUUAAAUUAACUGGUAUGAGUGGUACCACUGGUACAUUGGAUGUCACUGAAACCGGAUCUGUUCCAGGAUCAUAUGUUUCAGGGUUCACUACUGCAACAGUUAAUUCUGAUAGUUUUACUGUUCCUUACACUUUACAAACCGGUAAAACUCGAUAUGCACCAAUGCAAACUCAACCAGGUUCAACUGUUACUGCCACUACUUGGAGUAUGAAAUUUCCUACAAGUGCAGUCACAUAUUAUAGUACAAAACUUGCAUCUCCAAUCGUGCAAUCAACUAUCACUCCAGGUUGGUCAUACACAGCUGAAUCAGCCGUCAAUUACGCAUCUGUUGCACCAUAUCCAACUUACUGGUACGCUGCAAGUGAAAGAGUGAGCAAAGCUACUAUUAGUGCUGCUACCAAGAGAAGAAGAUGGUUAGAUUAG